ACGGAGUUGAUACCGCAUGUGUGCGAUUGCGAUCUAUAGAAACUAUUGAAGACAUCAGGCGCUCGAUUCUCCGUUUUUCCUUCUCUGCUCUAGGGCAGGAAAUAAUUUAGGUCCUUCUCUAUUUACGGAUAGAAAAGUGCGAGGCGAAGGCGGCGCCUCUGGAGAGAACUGUCUGUCUUCUUCAUUCAUUUGUUUUGAUCGAUUGAGAAAGCUAGGGUUUCGGUUUAUCUGAGUUGCGCAUAGGAGGAUGGACGAGGCGGCGGUGGAUGCUCUCAUCGCUCGGCUUCUUGACGCGAAGAACGGAAGGACGGUGAGACAGGUUCACAUGACCGAGCUGGAGAUACGGCAGCUGUGCCUCGCCGCGAAGGAGGUCUUCCUUAGCCAACCGAAUCUACUGGAGCUCGAAGCGCCAAUCAAGAUUUGUGGUGACAUUCAUGGGCAGUAUUCUGAUCUUCUCCGAUUAUUUGAAUAUGGAGGACUCCCCCCACAAGCUAACUAUUUGUUUCUUGGUGACUACGUUGAUCGUGGCAAGCAGAGCAUUGAAACUAUUUGCCUUCUUCUGGCAUACAAGAUAAAAUAUCCAGAGAACUUUUUUCUUCUGAGAGGAAACCAUGAGUGCGCAUCAAUCAACCGUAUAUAUGGUUUUUAUGAUGAGUGCAAGAGAAGGUUUAAUGUUCGACUAUGGAAGGUUUUUACUGAUUGUUUUAACUGCCUCCCAGUUGCUGCUCUUAUUGAUGAGAAGAUCCUUUGCAUGCAUGGAGGCUUAUCUCCUGACCUGAAAAACUUGGAUCAGAUCCGUAAUAUUGCUCGCCCUGCAGACGUCCCUGACCAAGGUCUUCUUUGUGAUCUACUAUGGUCUGAUCCUGAUAAAGAUAUUGAAGGCUGGGGAGAGAAUGAUAGAGGUGUAUCUUAUACAUUCGGGCCAGACAAGGUUGGCGAGUUUCUUCAAAAGCAUGACUUGGACCUUAUCUGCCGUGCACACCAGGUUGUUGAAGAUGGCUAUGAGUUUUUUGCAAAUCGACAGCUGGUGACAAUAUUUUCUGCACCCAACUAUUGUGGGGAAUUUGACAAUGCUGGUGCUAUGAUGAGUGUGGAUGACACUUUGACUUGUUCAUUUCAGAUUCUGAAACCAUCUGAUAAAAAAGGAAAAUUUGGGUUGGGGAACAACUUGUUGAGGCCAGGAACACCUCCUAGAAAGGGUGGUAAAGGUUAAUAUCAGCUUCGCAUUUGCUUUUAUCCAUUAUAUUUUGGUGAACUUUCAGUGCUCUCAUUUUGAAGUUUUAUGUGCCACAUCUAUCUUCUUGCUGCUGUGUUAUGGAAGCCAACCCUUGUUCUAAAAUCUGUGAAGUUAUUCAGAAUCCUCCGAAAUUCCACGAAUUUGAUUUGGUUCAUGAAAAGCUAAAGCAUGUGCUGAUCAACAUAGGCAAACCUUCUGCCAGCAAUUGUAAAUUUAUUCGGAAAUUUGUCCUUUGAUUGUCGCACAAUUGUAGACUCCAAUGUUUAAUGCACUUAUGGUAGCAGCUUUCUGCAGAAGCUCACUGUUCUUCAGAACUUUGGGUAUUUUCUAUUCUAGUUAGGUUUUAGUUUUAUGUUGCUUGAGGAUUUACUUGUAAGCUGAUAAUGACGGUGUUUCUUUCUGAGUAGAAUUGUUUUGGUUGAUGCCUCUGAA